AUGAUGGUCGCAGGCAACCUUCACCUACGUCAAACUUACUUCUUCUUACUAUUAUUACAGUAUUUUGAACUUCAUCUCGAUACGUUCCAACGCAAAGAAUAUUUUGAAAACAUGAAGCCAGCUGCCCAGGGAGCGUGGAGCACAGGACUUUGCGAAUGUUGUGCUGAGCCAGGUGGCUGUGGAACAUGCUGCUACGCAUACUGGUGCCCAUGCUGCCAAUAUGGGCAAAACGUGGAAAGGAUGCCGGACCAGUCAGUAUGCUGCGGCGGGAGCUGCUGCGGCGCAUGCUUCUGCUACUUCCUCAUGCUGGAAUUGGGGUUGUGCUGCUGCUUGCAUAUGGGCGCACGCUCUUAUAUUCGCAACAAGUACAACAUCGCCGGUGACGGCUGUCAAGACUGCCUGACGACCUGCUUUUGCGCCGCCUGCGCUAUGUGCCAAGAGCACCGGGAGCUCACCAUCCGGGGGGUCACAAUGGGCGGCAAGGAGGCCAAGAAGCCAGGCCACCCGCAACACCCCGCAGCGCCGCCCCAGCAGCCAAUUAUGCUGGCGCCGCCACCACCCGCCGCGCCGCCGCAGUACUACCCUCCUCCGGCGCAGCCCUACCCCGUCCAGCAGCCCUACCCCGUCCAGCAACCCUACCCCGUCCAGCAACCCUACCCUCCGGCUCAGGCCUACCCGGCCCCCCCGGGUGUCAUGCAACCGUACGGCGUUGCACCUCCCCCGCCGCUCCAGCUGUACCCAGCCGUGCCGGGCCUCCAGCCGCAGCAGUACGCCCAGCCGCCCAUGCACAUCCAGCACAAACACAAACACAGGCGCAGCCACAGCGGUAGCAGCAAGAGCAGCAACUGAUUGGGGCAGGGCUCCGUAGAAGAGUCGCGUCAUUUUCAGCACUUGGUGGGUCCUCCUGAGGAGCUAGGACGACCCGAGGUGCACGUGAAUUGUCGUUUGUGAUGGUUGGGGAUUUGCUAACAUGCGAAUGUUAUUAUGUAUCAUGUUACUUGCUACAGCUUUCUAGGUAUUCUUUUCUCGUCGUCAGUAAUGUCCAAUUUUGCAUAUUGAAUUAUGAUGCCUACAUAUGGUGAAUGCGCUAACUGAAAUAUCGCUGAUGCUAUCGUCUUGCCUUUGUUAAUGCUUUGGGAUGUGUUUUGUUAGGGCAUGAGUGGCACUGACAGUUGGCUUGUGAUUCCAUGCAUGCAAUAGCGUGAUGUCCUGGUUUCGUGCUGGUACGGACGUUUACAGGGUUAGAACCAUGUUUGCACUGUUCAUGAGUUCACUGCUGUUAACCCGUGCGAACCGGACUGCUGGAAUGCUGUACCUUCGUCAUAAACCUUUUUCCUAAAUAAGUUUGGAAGGAAUAAACCUUUUUCCUAAAUAAGUUUGGAAGGAAUGCUGUGAGAAUGAGUGAGUUUGUAUACUUAAGACGUUAAGAGCGCUUCUGGGUCCGAAGGCGUCUGUCGUUAUAGCUCGUAACUUGCGUGCUGCACAGGACGGGCCAAAGGGAUGCUGCAGCUUCUUGUCGCAAACUGCGUAGCCGUCGUAAAGCUGUCGUACAAGAGUGCAGGGAUGUAGCUGCGUGUGUCUUUAGUUAAGGGGCGCUUCGACGCACGACUUUGCAGUGUAGAGCUGUAUAGGGUAUAUACAGGGUUGACUACGCAAGAGAGGCAGUGGGGUCUUGGCAUCAUUCUCAUUGCUAAGGCGCAGCUUGCGCAGUAAACGCAAAGUCAUUAUAAGCGUGCGUGCGAUGAUGGAUCAUUUCAGUACAGGAUGGCGAUGGGUGCGGAGGUUUUGCCUCUUGUCCUUGCAGCCUGGGUGGGUCCAGUGUCCUGAGGCUACAACCCGUCCGGCUAGCUGGAUAUCCUUGUGUGUGCUUGUAUGUUGCGGGUGGAAGAGUGGCACAUCCAGUACAUGUCUGUGCGUGUCAUGUAAUAUGGAAUCGUCAAGUAAGAUUUUAGCGGUAAUUCCCGCUUUGUAAGUGUAG